GGGCGGCGUGGGACGCGGGUGCGCGCAGGCGGAGAUGGCACACGAGGCGGAGCACCAGCCCCUGGGUGUGUUUGAGUGCCAGCUCUGCUCCCUGACGGCUCCGUACAGCUACGUGGGGCAGAAGCCCCCCAACACCCAGUCUAUCAUCCUCUUGGAGGAGAGCUUCGUCACCAAGGACCCCUUCACCCCCGACAAGGACAGAUUCCUGGUCCUGGGCUCCAGGUGCAGCGUCUGCAGCCGGCUGGUGUGUGUGGGCCCGGAAUGCAGCCUGUUCUACUCCAAGAGAUUCUGCCUCCCUUGUGUCCAGGAGAACGUCCACGCCUUCCCUCAGGAAAUUCGGCACGACUUGGAGAAAAGGAAAGUUCCAUGGAAGAGGCCGGCCAGCCAGCCCAGCACUCAGGCCUGAGCGCAGCCUCGGUGGCCCAGGCUGGUGCGGGCUGAGCUGGGAGCGCACCACGUGCUGGCCCUGACUGCUGUGCUGGCCCUGACUGCGAGCAGGCUGGAGCCGCAGGGCGGCGGGGUCCCGCCAGCAGCGGCAGCAGCAGCAGCAGCAGCAGCAGCAGGGCAGGGCAGCUCAGAGCUGGGGCGAGGGACAGGAGCCGAGGGGAGCUGAGGCUGGGCCUGUGGGGUCCAUCGCUCCCGCCAGGGCGCCGCCUCCCUGCAGGGCCGUCCCUGGGCUGUUCCUGCUUGCACCUGGUGGGCCUGCAGCCCCAUGUGCCCUUCGUGCGAUGGGCGGGAUCCAGGAGUUGGCCGUGCUUGCGGGGCCAGUGCCGGCCCUGCAGCCCCAGUAGCGUGGGCGCGAAAACCCGCGGUCUCGGAGUCACCCCGGUGCUCUGCAGGUUCCCUGUUGGUGCUCCCAGCCCCUUCUGUUCCCUGAGGCUCCUUCCGGCUCCAGGCCCAGCUCCACGUGGGCCCAGAUGGACUUCCCUCCCGCCCCACUCCACUGUCCCCUGCUCCACAGUCCGCCCGGCGGAGCAGCGCACCCUUCCCCAGGACUCCCCUUCUAUGCCCCCCCCGCCCCCAGCGGUGCGGUAUGCCGGACUGUGAGCUGCCCUCCGCCGCGGCCCGUCUCGUUGUGCCUUUGCCGCGGAGCCGCCUCGCCCGCCCGGGGAAGUGUGAGAAGCAGGCGGGGGAGAGGGAAUAAAGAGCUGGCCUUUUGAAAG